CGCUUUUCUUGUCAUCCUUGCCUGAGCACCUUCACCGCCGUUGCUCGUGCCCUCAGGGCCUACUCUUCACAUUGAGGCUUCCGAGUUCCACUCUUCCGGCCUUCGUUGAUGUUGAUGAUCCCGCUCACGGGCCCUCUAUUCCGGAAUCUUCCUGGUCUGCUCUAAUUCGUGGCUCCAGACUACUCGUCCAAGAUGGUGGCUUGGAGAGAUCCCAAGACCGUUGCAGAUCAAUCAUACACCUUGAUCAAAUUCAUACACACGUUGGAUGGGAUUUUUCUCUGGGAAUUUUUCUCCACCAUUGGCUACGAAUGGGAUAUUGUUACGCGGAGGCGGCCUUGGAGAUGGAAGAUGGCCCUCUACAUCAGCUGUAGAUUAGCCACUCUGACUGCCGUUAUUUGUGACCUCAUCGGGUUCAAUGUGAUGCAGGCAUUUAACUGUAGGGCAUGGCUACUUUCACUUAUGUUUUUCUCGAGCGCGGGAUUAGCACUCGCUUCGUUCUUGGUAAUUAUGCGCUCAAUAGCUCUCUGGGAGCGUCGAGCCGUCGUCGUCGGGACCUUGUUCGUGGUAUGGCUCAUCAAUGUCGCCUUUUUGAUUUACGGUAUGACAAAGUGGAUGCGCAUUGGAACCAGUCGGAGAAAGUAUGUGCGAUCACAGGAUCUGAAAAAAAUCGAGACAGUGUUAUCGUGACGUUAUGCGCCGACGUAGUCUUUUUGUUGGCUAUGCUAGGUGGCGUCGUGCGACAAAUAAAGGACGGGCCAAUUUGGAGGAUAACAUAUUAUCAAGGAGUUAUAUGGAUUG